UUAUCGCAAUAAACUUUCAUCAUCAAGGGCAAUAAAAAUACUCCCAUCCUCACAUUUAAUUUUUCUCCUGCCAUUUUCGUUUACAGACGCACACACAGUCAUCCUUUGCUUGCUUGCUUCACACCAACUUUUCCACUGUUUAUAUUAGUUUUUUUCUUACAUAUGCCACCAUAAACAACUCAUUUUCCUUUUUCGCCGACACACAAAACACACAUAUAUUUGAUAUAUAUAUAUAAAAUAUAUACUCUCUCUAGGACUCUAAGCUUCGAAUCUCAGCUCUGCUUUAUAGUCCAUUUAUUUAAUUGUCUACAACAAUGGCGAGGAUUGCUGGUGACGAUCUCACCUCUUCUUUUUCUUCACUUCAUGGCGUUCUUGCAUGCUUACUAGGUCAGUCUGAUUCCUCUAGCAGUAACACUGUAAAAAUAGAUAAAAUGGAGAAGAACGGAGCCACUCCACUGAUCUCUUGGCUUCGUAUUGAGUUUGUGCUAAUCGUAAUGACCACGAUCUUUGCUCUUGGCAUUGUUGAAGGCACUACUGAUCCGUCAGAUGUUCAAGCACUUCAGGUAAUGUACACUUCAUUGAACAGUUCUCCACAGCUAACGGGUUGGAAAGCGACUGGUGGCGACCCAUGUGGAGAGUCAUGGAAAGGGGUGAGCUGCCAGGGUUCUGCUGUUGUUUCCAUUCAGAUUCCUGGAUUAGGACUCACCGGAACAAUGGGAUACUUACUUUCGAACCUUACGUCGUUGAGAUCAUUAGAUAUCAGUGACAACAACCUUCAUGAUUCAAUCCCAUAUCAGGUGCCACCGAACCUUACGAGCCUAAAUUUUGCUAAGAACAAUUUCAGCGGAAAUCUUCCUUAUUCAAUUUUCAACAUGGUUAAUAUUAAUUACAUGAAUGUUAGCCAUAAUUCACUCUCACAGGCAAUUGGAGAUGUUUUUGCGAAUCUUUCUGGCCUUGGGACAUUGGAUCUCUCUUUCAACAACUUUACUGGAGAUCUUCCCAGUUCCUUUAGUUCAUUGUCAAAUCUUUCUACCCUCUAUGUGCAGAACAAUCAAUUGACAGGGUUUCUCAAUGUUCUCACUGGUUUGCCUUUGACUGAUCUAAAUGUUGCAAACAACAAUUUCAGUGGAUGGAUUCCAAAAGAGCUUAUUUCUAUCCCUAAUUUUAGAUAUGAUGGGAAUUCAUUUGAUAAUGGACCUGCUCCUCCUCCGCCUCCAUAUACGUCACCCCCUUCGAGUAGAUCACCUAACAAUCGCAGCCAUUCUCCUCCAGGUGCACAUACUCCCAAUGGCCAGUCAUCCAAUCCAGAUGAUGAAAAUAAAAAGAAUGGAUUGACAACUGGACCUAUUAUAGGGAUAAUUCUGGGUUCUUCCAUGGUGGUUCUAUUUGCAUUGCUUGUUCUUAUUUUUUGCCUUCGAAGGGGCAAAAGGAAAGAAAGUACUGCGAGAACUUCUACCGGAAAUCCUGUUGUUGGUGCAGAUCAAGAAAUGCAAGAGCAGAGGGUAAAAUCCAAGGCUAUUGUGGCAGAUCUGAAGCCCCCACCUGCAGAAAAAGUGAUGGUUGAUAGGAUACAAGGGAAAAAUGGAUCUGCACACAGGGUGAAGUCCCCUAUAACAGCUACUUCUUAUACAGUUGCUUCUCUCCAGGUAGCAACAAACAGCUUCAGCCAAGAAAAUCUCAUUGGUGAAGGCUCUCUUGGUCGUGUUUAUAGAGCAGAUUUUUCCAAUGGAAAGAUAAUGGCAAUUAAGAAGAUCGAUAAUGCGGCACUAUCACUACAGGAGGAGGAUAACUUUGUUGAAGCUGUUUCAAAUAUGUCUCGCCUGAGGCACCCGAAUAUCAUUACGCUUGUGGGAUAUUGUGCAGAGCAUGGGCAACGUCUUCUGGUUUAUGAUUAUAUCGGAAAUGGGAGCUUGCACGAUAUGCUGCACUUUGCCGAUGAUAGGAGCAAGACAUUGACGUGGAAUGCACGUGUUAGAGUUGCACUUGGCACUGCUCGAGCUCUCGAGUAUUUGCAUGAAGUGUGCUUGCCUUCUGUUGUACAUAGAAAUUUCAAGUCAGCAAACAUUUUACUUGACGAAGAGCUCAAUCCUCAUUUGUCAGAUUGUGGCCUAGCUGCUCUAACACCUAACACAGAGCGACAGGUAUCGUCAACUCAGAUGGUUGGUUCAUUUGGUUACAGUGCUCCUGAAUUUGCCUUGUCUGGAAUAUACACUGUAAAAAGUGAUGUAUAUAGCUUUGGGGUGGUGAUGUUGGAGCUCUUGACAGGUCGGAAGCCACUUGAUAGUUCAAGGACACGAUCAGAACAGUCGCUUGUUAGAUGGGCUACUCCCCAACUCCAUGAUAUAGAUGCCUUGGCAAAAAUGGUUGAUCCUGCACUGAAUGGCAUGUAUCCUGCAAAGUCUCUGUCACGUUUUGCUGACAUCAUUGCCCUCUGUGUUCAGCCUGAACCAGAGUUUCGGCCUCCCAUGUCUGAAGUUGUGCAAGCACUGGUCCGGUUAAUGCAAAGGGCGAGCGUGGCUAAAAGGCGCUCAGGCGAUGAAUCAGGUUUUGCGUAUAAGACUCCAGAUCAUGAAGCCAUCGACAUAUCAUAUUAGACAUCCAGCCGUGUGUCAUUAUUGGCAAGCUUUGCAAUUUUGUACAUGAUUGUGCGAAGGUCAAGGGUGACUAAAAUGCAUUCAGAAAGUACAGUGUAAAAAAAUGUGAAGGGGCGAUUGAAUUUCAGAUCAGAAGGAUGUGUAAUUCUUUAUCGUACAUUUACAGUUGGAGCAAGCUACUUUACCCUGCUAAUUGAGGUAUAUAUUUUACUGAAGAUGUUACUGUAAUUUAUCCAGUAUCUACAACUAUCAUUGGAUACAUUUAAUGUAUGUCCAAGAUAUUUGCAGGAAAAUAAAAUAUUGAUUUGAGUACAAUGAAAUACUGUAACAACUUCAAAUAUAGGCUUGUAAUGACAACUGCAACUAUUUUGUAUUACCUGUUUCAGUUUGAAUAUAGAUCAGACAAGUGCAUACACAAGUUUUAAUGCACGCAUGAGUUUUA